CCCUGUUUAUGGUUGCGCGAGUUGGGGGGGGGAUACAGACUGGGUACAUUGUAGCAUUUUAUAGUUAUGAAAUUUUAUUUUGUUUGCAGUAAGGGUUGAAAGGAAGCAGGAAGUCUCGUAACAAUAAAGCCGAACAGAAAGUUUCUAUGAAAGCGCCCGUGCCUUUGUAGGUGUUGCUGCAGAGACGGACGCCUGUCUGUGCGAGAAUGGUGGGGCUGGAGCCGCGGCUGCUGAGAUAGCUGGAGUCCGCCCGGCUGCCUUCCUGCAGCGCGUCAGUGCCAACAAACAGCUGCGAGUCGGCGAGCAGAACAGACCCACUCGGCAUUUUUAUAGAGAAAAACUGGAUGCAUUUCUACAGGAGGAGAACAUUGUCUUUUUGACUUCACCGAUCAUCUUAAAGUUUAUUUUUUUCAUUUUUGCGGUUGCCAUUCACAGUUUUAAACGAACUGGUUUAUUUUUUUCUUAAACUUAUUUACCAUCAAUUUAUUAAUUUUAAAGCUGAACUUCAGCGACCUGUAGAUUGUCCAUUUAACGCGAAUAAUGCUCCGGGGUUUGGACUUGCUGUGUACAUUUUAUGAUUCAAAGAAGGAAAGGUCACUGAUAUAAACCUGGACUGAUAAGGUUUAAUUAUCCGGUUCUGUCAAGAGUUUGGUGCGUUUUCUUGCCGUGGAAAGCUAACCCUGCGUUUAUAAAAUUACGUUAUUAAAUAAGAUGUUCUUAAUGGGACAUUCCGGUCAAGGAUUAAGCAACGGAUGGUUUUAAUAUUUCAUUUUAGGAAGUAUUCUUCUCUCUUCAACAUCGGAGCGGACUUUUAAGUUUUGUGCUCCCUCAUCGAGCGGAAGACUGUUGAAGUGGUAACCUUGAAGUGGAUACAAUAUUGAGCGCAACUGCAACAGCAUCAACAUGUCGGCUAUCUCUGCGGCGGAGAAAGUAGAUGGGUUCACUAGGAAAUCGAUGAGAAAAGCCCAGAAACAGAAGCGAUCGCAGGGAUCGUCCCAGUUCCGAACCCAGAGCAGCUUCAUUGAGCUCUCGCCUCUGCCUCAGCUCAAAGAUGCCCCUUCAACAGAACAGCAGGAGCUCUUCAGCCAAAAGCUGCAGCAGUGCUGCAUGUUGUUCGAUUUCAUGGACUCGGUUUCGGACCUCAAGAGCAAAGAGAUAAAACGCGCGACACUGAACGAGCUGGUGGAUUUUGUCUCUACGAACCGGGGCGUGCUGGUUGAGUCGGCCUACUCCGACAUAAUUAACAUGAUUUGUGUCAAUAUUUUCCGUACUCUUCCUCCAAGUGAAAACCCAGACUUCGAUCCAGAAGAAGAUGAGCCUACCCUUGAAGCCUCAUGGCCCCAUAUACAGCUGGUGUAUGAGUUUUUCCUGAGAUUCCUGGAGAACCCAGACUUUCAGCCAAGCAUUGCAAAGCGAUACAUUGAUCAGAAGUUUGUGCUUCAGCUACUGGAGCUGUUUGACAGUGAGGACCCAAGGGAGAGGGACUUCCUAAAGACUGUCUUGCAUCGCAUUUAUGGGAAGUUCUUGGGGUUAAGAGCAUUCAUCAGGAAGCAGAUUAACAACAUAUUUUUGCGGUUCAUCUAUGAGACGGAGCACUUUAAUGGCGUGGCUGAGCUUCUGGAAAUUUUGGGGAGCAUCAUAAAUGGCUUUGCCCUGCCAUUAAAAGCAGAACAUAAACAGUUUCUGAUGAAAGUUUUGAUUCCUAUGCACACGGCAAAAGGACUGGCUCUCUUUCACGCACAGCUGGCUUACUGUGUUGUGCAGUUCUUAGAAAAAGACCCCACUCUCACUGAACCAGUCAUUAGAGGGCUGCUGAAGUUCUGGCCUAAAACGUGCAGUCAGAAAGAGGUCAUGUUUUUGGGAGAAAUUGAGGAAGUUCUUGAUGUCAUCGAGCCAACACAGUUUAAAAAGAUUCAGGAACCCCUGUUCAAGCAGAUAGCAAAAUGUGUCUCCAAUCCUCAUUUCCAGGUGGCAGAAAGAGCUUUGUAUUUCUGGAAUAAUGAAUACAUUUUGAGUCUCAUUGAAGAAAAUAUAAGCAAAAUCCUACCAAUCAUGUUUGGGAACUUGUACAGAAUCUCCAAGGAGCACUGGAACCCAACAAUAGUAGCACUCGUUUACAAUGUGCUGAAGACAUUAAUGGAGAUGAACAACACCCUGUUUGAUGAGCUGACAGCUUCAUACAAAGCAGAAAGACAACGGGAGAAGAAGAAGGAGCAGGAGAGAGAGGAGCUCUGGAAGAAGCUGGACGAGCUGAAAAUAAAAGGGACUUCAGAACUGCAAAACAGCCACAGCCUGCAGAAUGCCCAGAACAACAAUAACAACAACAGCACGUAUGCCAAAUGACACAGGUCUCAGCCUUGCCAUAGUGUCUGCUGUAUCGGCAGCGGAUUUCCUGUUCUGUAUCGGAAUUGUCUGAGAACUGUCAGGGGAAGGGGGAUUAAAAACCACCUCAUCAGUAUGUAAAAGAAAUCUAUAUAGAAAUAUAUAUAUAUAAGAAGCCAGUUAUUUUUGGCACGGAAGAUAAAAAUCUGUGGACUUUUAAGAAUAUUUUUUGGAUGUUACAGCGUGGCCACAGUAUAUUUGUAACUUUUGUCUAAUCAUGAAUUUAUUUUUGUCACUUUUAGGUAGUUCACUGAGGAUUAAAUAAACUUUAUCUUGUGAUACGAGUGAGGGAAAAAAAAGGGUUUGGUGAGAGGUAUGACUUGAAAAUGUUUUGAUUGUGCUGCACAUAGAUAAAUUAGACCGCUAUUUUAAGAUUUUACUGUUUUAUAUGUACUCUCCACACUUCAUUGACACUGGGGGAGAGAGGAAUGGUGGGGAAUCUGCUGUGCUUCUGAUGUGAUCCAGAAGAGCAAACGUCACUGUGUGUUCUUGUAUAUUGGUUCUUUCCUCUUUCUGAUGACAAAGUUUGCUUGCUACUGUAAUAUAUUAAAGACAGAAUUAAUUGCAGCCAUAAAAUACCUAUUUAAGUAUUACAAAUUACUGAGACUAAAUGCGGACACAGAGUAUAAGUUCUUUUAAAAGUAUUUUUCAAGAAAUAAAAUCAGUAAGUGAGCUGUUGUAAACAAGAAAUGAGCCAUAUAAAUAAAUAUAUUUUUUCCAUUAAACUCAUAAGCACCUGGGUGUGAUUUUUAUAGGGGAUUUAGGCAGGCAGGGGAAAACAAAGCUGUAGUGACGCUGUAUGUCUGUCCAGUCUUUCUGAUGCCUUCUGUCAGAGUACCAUUCCAAUCUCUGUUAACAUACUGUUGUGUGGAAAUCUGUUUUGUAAUGAAAGACCUUCUUGGGGGUUUUGAACACCAUCAAAUAAAGUCUACUUUGAGUUUCUACUUGGAA